AUGCGCACCUUGUGUGCCUUUGGUGUUUUGCUUGCUUUAGUAUCACUAGCCUUUGCUGCUAUUGACAUUCAAAACUAUUGCGGCAACAAAGUCUACAUCCGAGAGUCACAUAAUGGUGGCUGUGACGCGAACCCUGACACCGGCGACUGCGACGGUGAUCCAUUGACUAUCGCACCUGGAGGCCAAGCUUCCAUCAACACCAUCGCUGAUGGGACAGGUAUCAGCAUCAAAAUAUCGCUAGAUUUCGAUUUCAUCAGCGGUAUUUUGCAGUUCGAAUAUGCCGUGUCGGACAAUUUUUACUUUGACCUGAGCGACCUCGACGGGAUCAGUGGCGGCGUCGUGGGGGCUCCAUUCAGGUCUUCCAAUGUCAGAGCAGUUCCUACCGGUCCCGGCGCCGGUUCCGGCACUUGCAAACCCAUCCUGUGCCCUGCAGAUGUAACUUGUCACGCGGCAUAUCAAUUAUUUGACCAAGAGGCUACUAAGGGAUGCCCCGAUACUACAGUCUUCAUGGACCUCGACCUUUGCGUGGCUGCUCAUGACUGGCAGAAGCGCGGAGUUAACUUCACCUCAUGA